AUGCGAAUUCAUAGUGGAGAGAGGCCCUAUGAAUGUAAGGAGUGUGGGAAAACCUUUUCUCGAAGUUCAAACUUCAGGACACAUACAAGAAACCACAGUGGAGAGAGGGCCUAUGAAUGUAAGGAAUGUGGGAAAGGAUUUCUCGUACCGUCACACCUCACAAAACAUAGAAGAAUGCACACUGGAGAGAGGCCCUAUGAAUGUAAGGAGUGUGGGAAAGUCUUUCGCCAAACGUCAAGCCUCAGACCACAUAGAAGAAUCCACACUGGAGAGAGGCCCUAUGAAUGUAAGGAAUGUGGGAAAGUCUUUCGCCAAAUGUCAAGCCUAACAACACAUAGAAGAAUCCACAGUGGAGAGAGGCCCUAUGAAUGUAAGGAGCAAUGUGGAAAAGCUUUUAUUUCUUCCACAGCCCUCAUUAAACAUAGGAGAAUUCACAGUGGAGAGAGGCCCUAUGAAUGUAAGGAGUGUGGGAAAGCCUUUACUGGACGGUCAAACCUCAAGACACAUAUAAUAAUCCAUAGUGGAGAGAGGGCCUAUGAAUGUAAGGAAUGUGGGAAAGAAUUUCUCCUACCCUCACACCUCACAAGACAUAGAAAAAUCCACAGUGGAGAGAGGCCCUAUGAAUGUAAGGAGUGUGGGAAAUCCUUUACUCGACGGUCACACCUCACAACACAUAGAAGAAUCCACAGUGGAGAGAAGCCCUAUGAAUGUAAGGAGUGUGGGAAAUCCUUUACUCGACGGUCACACCUCACAAGACAUAGAAGAAUCCACAGUGGAGAGAGGCCCUAUGAAUGUAAGGAAUGUGGGAAAACCACACAGGCCGCGGGCUCUGAGGAACCAACUAUAGCCACCUAG